AUGCAAGCCCACAUGCCCGGGGCGGGUGGCACGGCUCUCCGGGCAGCAGACAACUGCUCACAGCCCAGACCAGAGUGCAGCAACCCUGGAGCUCCCUCACAGGCUUUCGACUGCAGCAUCUUCCCCUCGAGCACGGCCACAGCGGCCCGGCGAGCCGGUGCCGCCCUGCAGUGGGAGGAGAGGGGGGACGUCACCUGCCCGCUGCUCUUCAUCCAGCUCAACCAGCUGCUCAGCACCCCGGCGGGGCUGGAGUGGAGGGAGAUGGCCAGGUGGAUCAAGUUUGAGGAGAAGGUGGAGGACGGCGGGGAGCGCUGGAGUGUACCCCAUGUCCCAGCUCUGCCCCUGCACAGCCUGUUCCAGCUGAGGACAUGCCUGCAGAAGGGGACAAUGCUCCUGGAUCUGGAUGCCACCAGUUUCAAGGAAAUAAUCGACAAAGCACUUUCCGAGCAGCCCGAGGAAGCAGAGCUGCAGCCUGCACUGAGGGAGCGCCUGGCAGCCCUGCUGCUCCUCCAGCCACAGCACCAGCCUACAAAAUCCCUGCUGCAGCUCCUUGCCGAGCUUGCUCUCUCUCCCUGCCGAGGGAAAGCCAAAGGCAGGUCUGAGCCCAGAACUCAGGUCUCCAAAAUACCCCUUAAGGAGCAGCUCAGAAACAGAUUCAAGAAGAAGGUCCCACCGGGGGCUGAAGCAGCCCACGUUGCUGUCGGGGAAGUUGAAUUCCUGGAAAAGCCCUUCACUGCCUUCAUUCGCCUCAGGUUCCUCUUCAUCCUGCUGGGGCCCGCCAGAGUGAACACCUACCACGAGGUUGGCAGGGCCAUGGCCACCCUGCUGACAGAUGAGGCUCUGCUCUGCCACAGGACCACUGUGAACCCACUGGACCAGCAGCCACAUGGUAAUGGGGACAUGGCAGCAGCUGGGGACAGAGCCAGCCCAGGGCACGCGCGCCCUGGGGAGGAGCUGGAGAGGACAGGCAGGCUUUUUGGGGGGCUGCUGCGAGACAUCCGGAGGAAGGCACCGUGGUAUGGCAGCGACUUCUCCGACGGCCUGCACCCUCAGUGCCUCUCAGCAGUGCUCUACAUCUACCUGGCGACAGUCACCAACGCCAUCACCUUCGGGGGCAUGCUGGGGGAUGCAACUUCCAACAUGCAGGGGGUGCUGGAGAGCUUCCUGGGCACAGCCUUUGCUGGCUUCAUCUUCUGCCUCUUUUCGGGCCAGCCCCUGACCAUCCUGAGCAGCACUGGCCCCGUGCUCGUCUUUGAGCGCCUCCUCUUCUCCUUCAGCCAGGAUCACAGCCUGGACUACCUGGAGUUCCGCCUCUGGAUUGGGCUGUGGGUGGCCUUUUUUGGCGUGGUGCUGGUGGCCACCGAGGCCAGUCACCUGGUGCGGAACUUCACCCGCUUCACCGAGGAAGGCUUCUGCGCGCUCAUCAGCCUGAUAUUCAUCUACGACUCCCUGAAGAAGAUGCUGAGCCUGGCAGAUGCCUUCCCCAUCAACUGGCAGUACCGGCUGGACAACGUCACCUCCUACAGCUGCACCUGCAACUUGUCCAGCCCCAGUGAGCCCAGGCAGCCGUGGGCGGGUCACAGCUCGGCAGGGAAUGACACAUCACUGCCCUCACCCCUGGCCACCUGGCAGCCUCCUGCCACCCCAGCACUGAGCAGGACCCAGUGCCUGGAUCAAGGCGGGCACCUCCUGGGCACCAGCUGCCAGUAUGUGCCCGAUGUCACCCUCGUCUCCUUCCUGCUCUUCGGGGGCACCUUUCUCUUCUGCAUCGCACUCAAGCGCUUCAGGAGCAGCCGCUACUUCCCCGUGGGGGUGCGGAAGCUGGUGAGCGACUUCGCUGUCAUCCUGGCCAUCCUCGCCUCCUGCGCCGUCGAUGCUCUCCUGGGCCUGGAGACCCCCAAGCUCCUUGUCCCCAGCGAGCUGAAGGUGCCAGCAGGGUGGGCACAGCACUGUCAGGUGCCUGCUGUCCUUGUCACCAUCCUCAUCUUCAUGGACCAGCAGAUCACAGCUGUCAUCCUUAACCGCAGGGAGUACAAGCUGCAGAAAGGAGCAGGCUUCCACCUGGACCUCCUCUGUGUCUCCCUCCUGAUGGUCGUCACCUCUGUCACCGGCCUCCCCUGGUAUGUGUCAGCCACUGUCAUCUCCCUGGCACACAUGGAGAGCCUGAGGAAGGAGAGUGGAACCUCAGCCCCCGGCGAGCAGCCCGAGUUCCUGGGCAUCAGGGAGCAGAGGCUGACAGGCCUGGCUGUCUUCAUCCUGAUGGGAGUCUCUGUCUUCAUGGCCCCCGUGCUCAAGCACAUCCCAAUGCCGGUGCUGUACGGGGUGUUCCUGCACAUGGGGGUGACAGCACUGAACAGCAUCCAGUACAGUUUCCUUGCAAUUACCCUGCUCUAG